CUGAUUUCAAACUGUAAAACGGGCGUGCAUUUCUGUUUGGUGGAGAUUGUUCUGGAAGUUUGUUGGUUCUGGUCUUACAUUUAACUGUUAUAUUCGAGAAUUCGCAUACGAAAAGCGAAAAUGGCGGCGGCAAUGGCAUUCGAUGAGUACGGGAGACCGUUCAUCAUCGUCAGAGAUCAGGAAAGUAAAUCUCGGUUAAGUGGACUGGAAGCAAUUAAAUCUCAUAUUUUAGCAGCUAAAACUGUAGCCUACACUGUCCGUACAUCGCUUGGACCAAAUGGCCUAGACAAGAUGAUGGUGUCUCCAGAUGGAGAAGUCACUGUGACAAAUGAUGGAGCCACUAUUUUAGAUAAAAUGGACGUUAACCACCAAAUUGCUAAAUUAAUGGUGGAACUGUCAAAAUCUCAGGAUGACGAAAUUGGAGAUGGGACAACAGGGGUUGUUGUUCUGGCUGGGGCUUUAUUGGAACAUGCAGAACAGUUGAUUGAUCGCGGAAUUCAUCCGAUUCGAAUUGCUGAUGGUUACGAGGCAGCCAUGCAUGUUGCAAUUAAAAAAUUAGAUGAAAUCGCUGACGUUUUCAAAGUUGAUCCAAACGAUUCAGAAAAUUUAGUCAGAGUUGCUAUGACAACAUUGGGGUCUAAAAUCGUUAACAAGUGUCAUCACCAAUUUGCUAAAAUUGCUGUCGAUGCAGUCAUGGCUGUCGCAGAUUUCAAACGUAAAGAUGUCGAUUUUGAAUUGAUCAAAGUAGAAGCGAAACAAGGAGGAAAAUUAGAAGACAGUCAACUCAUCAAAGGUGUUCUUGUUGACAAGGAUAUGAGUCACCCACAGAUGCCGAAAGUCAUCAAAGGUGCCAAACUGGCUAUCCUAACUUGUCCAUUUGAACCCCCAAAACCUAAAACCAAGCAUAAGCUCGAUGUUACUUCUGUGGAAGACUACAAACAGUUGCAAGAAUAUGAAAAAAAGAAGUUCCAUGAAAUGAUAAAGCAGGUGAAAGAUACUGGAGCAAAUUUAGCAAUCUGCCAGUGGGGAUUUGAUGAUGAAGCUAAUCAUUUAUUACUGCAGAAUGAAUUGCCUGCUGUUCGAUGGGUAGGCGGACCAGAAAUUGAGCUGAUUGCCAUAGCAACUGGGGGUAGAAUCGUACCUCGAUUUUCAGAGCUCACUCCUGAGAAAUUAGGUCAUGCUGGACUUGUUCGAGAGUUGUCAUUUGGAACUACGAAAGAUAAAAUGUUGGUUAUUGAAGAAUGUAAAAAUACAAAAGCAGUAACCAUUUUCCUUCGUGGUGGAAAUAAAAUGAUUGUCCAAGAAGCCAAGCGUUCUGUUCAUGAUGCUCUGUGUGUAAUUCGAAAUCUUGUUCGUGAUAAUCGUGUUGUGUACGGAGGAGGUGCUUGUGAAAUCGCCUGCGCAGUUGCAGUGUCUAAAGAAGCUGAAUUAAACCCAUCUUUGGAGCAAUACGCUAUGCGUGCCUACGUACAAGCACUUGAGUCUGUGCCCCUUGCAUUAGCAGAAAAUAGUGGUUUGAAUCCAAUUCAGACCCUUUCUGAUGUUCGUUCCAAACAAGUGAAUGAAAGUAACUCGAAUCUUGGAAUCGAUUGUUUAAACAAAGGCACAAAUGACAUGAAGGAGCAACAUGUUAUUGAAACGCUUGUAGGAAAGAAACAACAAAUCUCACUUGCAACACAACUUGUACGAAUGAUUCUGAAAAUUGAUGAUGUCAGAUCACCUGGUGAACAACAGUAGAUUUCUCACCACACAUCGAUGCGUCUUGCUCUUUCCUCAAAUAUCAAAUGCACAAUUGUACCACCUUUCCUAUUAAAUGGACUUCAAUGGUAGAAGUGCUAUAUGGUUAUCAGAAAUUUAAACAAAGUUUAACAGGAAAUUAAAUAUGUUAUCAAGAAAGUGAACCAAGCAUCGUAUCAGAAACACUAAAUUAUAACUUUUUUGAAGUGUAUUCAUUGUUAUUUCAAUUAGGAGGAAUUGCGGACCCAAUCCUCGUUAGAUGGUUGCAUGAAUUUUCUCACAUCUGUUUGAAUUAUUCUACUUUAGUCAUCUGAUUAGGUAUGGCCAAACUGUGUUUUCUUGAAUGUUCCUUGUUCAACUUUUGGCCAGCUGUAACAUGAUAUUUUGUAUUGUUGCUCUAGGUAAAUUGAAAGACUUGUUCCAUCUUUUUCGCAUGAUUUGUUAUUAAAAUGUAGACAAAAAUGAA